AUGGAGGCCGGAUCAGAAAAAAAGGAUGUGCCUCCCGACGAUUUAAAGCCUGACAGUGAACGCCCCGGAGCGAACGUCGAUUCUAUCGAGCAGGGCGAGACGGUGAUGAAAACCAAGCUGAACCGCGAUUUCAGCGUUUGGGGAGUCCUGAGCGUAUCGUGGAACAUUGUGAACAUCUUCGGAGGGACGUCAUACAUUUUUGUUGUUGGUUUCUCUGCAGGAGGGAUACCUGCAAUUCUAUACGGCAUCAUCGGUACAUCAGUCGGCCUGAUCAGUGUCAUCGGCAUCCUCGCUGAAUGUGCUUCUAUCUUCCCCACUGCCGGUGGCGCCUAUCACUUUGCGACCUUUCUAGCCCCAGAAAGGUAUCGCAGAUACGUCGGAUACGCACUUGGCUGGCUCAACUUUCUCGGGUGGGUGUUAACAAUCGCUGCUUGUGCGUCAAUUGCCACCGGACUUACCUUCUCUUUGGCUAUCUUGACUCAUCCGGAAUAUGUGGUCGGAGGGCGAUGGCAUUUAUUUCUCGUCUAUGUGGGCUGGGUGCUUGUAGCCUGCCUGGUCAACCUGUACCUCUUCGGGUUACUAGAUAAGAUCGAAAAUGUCGGAUUCAUAACCAACGUUCUAGGGUUCGUGGGGUUUACGAUUGCUUUACUUGUGAAAGCACCCAAGUCAAGCGCUCACUUUGUUUUCGUGGAGGUGAUCAACGAGACCGGAUACGCAAGUUCCUCAAUCGCGGUCGUGCUCGGCUUAUACAACAGCCUCAUCUCCUUUGUUGCUCUUGACGCGGCAUGUCACUUGGCUGAGGAAGUGAAUUCACCCACGAAGGAAGUACCAAAGAUCCUGUGGAUCACUUGGGCUUCUCAGUCUAUAGUGGGAAUUAUUUGGAUCACGGUGAUUGGAUUUAGCAUCAAAGAGCUGGACCCCCUCAUCAAUACGCCCACUGGGGUUCCCGUGGUCGAACUUAUGCGCCAAUCACUCUCUAGCAAUGGAGCAGCCAUUGUUUUCAAUAUGGUCCUGCUUAUCAACUAUGUCAUGGCUACUACUGCUGCAACGGUCACGUCGAGUCGGCAAGGAUAUGCUCUUGCUCGAGACGGCGGCCUGUUUUUCAAGAGCAGUUUAACUAAAGUCGAUUCCAAGCUAAAGGUUCCGACACUCUCUGUCUGCCUUGUUUCCUUCGUCGCAAUUCUGGUUGGCAUUGUGUAUUUGUUUUCCACCCAAGGAUUCAAUGCAAUCUUAGGUGCCGGGGCGGGAUUCAUGCUUCUGAGUUACUCAUCCCCUGCAUUGAUGAUGCUGAUUUUUGGCCGGAAGAAUCUACCAAAGACCCCAUACAGUCUGGGACGGUACGGAUACGUCUUCUGUGUCGUCUCUGUGAUGUAUGGUCUAUUUGCAAAUGCUAUUGUACCGAUUCCGGGCGUGUCCCCAGUCACCGCGACAAAUAUGAACUAUGCCUGUCUCCUCUACGGUAGCUUUUUCAUCCUUAUUAUUGCCAACUGGAUUCUUGAUGCUCGCAAGUCCUAUCACCCUCCGUCUCUUGGUGAACUUGUGGAGACGAUGGUCCCAGAAAAUGAUGAGCAGAUAUACGACUUGGCUGGGCAAAAUGAGAUUGCAGGCGGGGGGAGUGCGAUCGGACAACCGGUAUAG